AUGGGCUGUUUCUUUAGCACAAAUUCAACCAACAAGCCAACAUCAUCACCAUCAAUGUCGAAUUCGGAGCUCAACCCAGAUCUAACGUCCUACCAAGAGGCUUGUCGAUCGGAUCCGGAGCUUCAGUCCUUCGAUUCAACCCUCCAAGACCGAACUACCAGAGUCAUCAACACCCUCGCCGUCGGCGUCGAGGUCCGUUCCCUUUCCCUUGACUCCCUCCGUCAAGUCACCGGAAGUUUACUCGAUAUGAAUCAAGAAGUAGUUAAGGUCAUACUCGAAUGCAAAAAAGACAUUUGGGACAAUGACCAAUUAUUUUCCUUGGUUGAAGAUUACUUCGAAAUCAGCUCACAAACCCUAGAUUUCUGCACAUCGCUUGAGAAUUGCUUGAAAAAUGCUCGAUCUAGUUUAUCAUUUCUCCAAAUUGCAAUCAAACGAUACGAUGCAGAUGCUAAUCAUAUCAACAGCCUUGAGCAAUUCAAAGAAUUCAGAGCUUUAGACAGUCCAUUUUCAAACGAGUUCUUCGAAUUGUUCCAGUCUGUUUACAAGAAGCAACUCACAAUGUUAAAGAAACUGCAAAUCCAAAAAGGUAAAGUUGAUAACAAGUUGAAAUCAAUAAAGACAUGGAGAAGAUUAAGCAAUGUGAUAUUCGUGACCACAUUUAGCACAGUCUUGAUUUGCUCGGUGGUGGCGGCAGCCGUGACUGCUCCACCGCUGGUAACCGCACUGGCGGCAGCAAUGGCAGUGCCAUUAGGAUCAAUGGGGAAGUGGGUAAACUCAUUAUGGAAGAAGUAUGAAAAGGAAUUCAGAGAUCAGAGGGAGAUGAUGAGUGCAAUGCAGAUAGGGAAUUACAUUGUGAUCAAAGAUUUGGACAACAUCAAAGCUCUUGUUGACAAAUUGGGAACUGAGAUGGAGAAUAUGUUGCAGAAUGCGGAAUUUGCGAUCAGGGAAGAGGAGGAGGAGGCGGUGGGGAUGGUGGUGGAUGAGAUGAAGAACACGAUGAAGGAAUUUGCAAGAACAAUGGAGGAAUUGAGUGAUCAUUCAGAUAAGUGUAGAAGGGAUAUAAGGAGAGCAAGAACAGUGGUUCUGCAGAGGAUCAUCAAGCAUCCUAGUAGUAGUGAGUCACUUUAGCUGUAACUGUAAGUUAACCCAUGAACAGUAACCGUGUUUAGGAAGGAUGAGAAGAGAACAUAGACAAAGAAAGUUGUUUGUUUAAUUAUUUUUAUUUAAGCAAUGUUCGUUAAGUUGUCAUAUGCCCCUUUACACAAGGGUUAUUUGGGAAGUGCUAUGGGCACCGGUUAACAUGGGUGUUGAAU